ACAGGAUGGAGUUCAGGUCACUCUCUGUAAUACUCUUGCUGACUGUCCUCAUCCUCAGUGGAAAAACUCAAGAGUGGCCAGAGGUUAAAUUUAAAGAGCCUUUAAUUUCUUCAGAUGAGAAAAAAAUAUUCAUAGGUGAAACUGUCACUCUAAAAUGUGAAAUAAAGGGAGAAGAAGGCCAUGUGAAGACUUACAGCUGGUAUAAAAAUCGAAAUGUUUAUCCUUCUGAAAUGAAAAGUGAAUACACAUUCAAGGCGACAGAAAAUGACAACACUGAUUUUAUCUGCACGGAAACGUGGACUCGAGGUGACCUAAAGAGAACAAGAUUCAGUGAUCCUGUUAAACUGUUUGUGUCAGCAGAAAAACCUAAACCUGAACUCACAUCAAACCAUAAAGGACCUGCACUGAUAGGAAAUCCAGUGGUUCUGUACUGUAAUCUGGAUCAGUCUGCUGGAUGGAAGUUUUACUGGUUCAAACACACACAGAACCCUGAGAAUGAGAUCAAGACUGAAACUCACUCCUACACCAUCAGCUCAGUCAGUGUCUCUGAUGGAGGACAGCACUGGUGCAGAGCUGGUAGAGGAAACCCAGUCUACUACACUCACUACAGUGAUGCUCUGUGGUUAUGCGUUACUGGUGCAUCUCCUCUAGUCUCUCUGAUGGUCAGUCCCAACAGAACUCAACACUUUACUACUGACUCUCUCUCACUGAGCUGUGAGAGACAGAGUGACUCUACUGGAUGGAGAGUGAGACGAUACACACACAGUGAGAAGGUGUCAGAUUGUUCAUCAGGCUGGGGAUCAGUUACAGGAUCUACAUGCAACAUCAGCUCCCUCAACACAUCCCACACUGGAGUGUACUGGUGUGAGUCUGAAUCUGGAGAGAGCAGCAAUCCUGUCAACAUCACAGUGCACAAUGGUGAUGUAAUUCUGCAGAGUUAUGUCCAUCCUGUGACUGAGGGAGAUCCUCUGACUCUACUCUGUUUAUAUCGUGACCCAAAACCCUCAAACCUCACAGCUGAGUUCUAUAAAGAUGGAUCACCCCUCCAGACUCAGACUACAGGAGAGAUGACCAUCCGUACUGUCUCAAAGUCAGAUGAAGGUCUCUACCACUGUAAACACCCAGAGAAGGGAGAGUCACCACAGAGCUGGAUCUCAGUCAGAGGUGCAUCUUCAUUCUCAGUGUUCAGUCUGCUCAGUAGUUUAAUGGCAGUGUCUUCGUAUCUUCUGGUGUCCAUUGUGCUGAUGGUCAAAUGCUACAGAGCUCGAGCUAAACCUGAUGAGCUGAACACAAUAUGAGGAGUGAUAGUAGACAAAUCAUGUUGAUGAGUGUCCAGUGGAAAGUUUUUACAUCAUGAUUAUAAUCUUGUGGGCUUUAACCCUUAAUGCCAGAAACUCACACUUUGUGGUUUUGCAUUUUGCAAGGCUGUCUUUUAGUGGAUUCAUAGUUCAAUAAUGGGUUAAACCCCAAUUAGAGAUAAUUUCAUCAUUUAAAUAAUGACACUUCCACCUAAAACAUCCAGCACAUUAGUUUAUUCUCUCUUUUAGUAAGUGUGGUGUUGGUAAUUAGAUGCUAUGACUGAGCCUUUAAACGCAUAUUAUUAUCCAAAUUUUUUCUGAUGUGUAUGAAAUAUGUUUGCUGCUGUUGUUGUUGUUGUUGUUAAUAAUAAUAAUAAUAAUAAUAAUAAUAAUAUUGUUACCAUUUGUCUUCAUAAUCAAUUGACAUUUGCUUUACUAAAAUGUAUAUAGUUUUAUUGUUACUUCUUUAACAAGAUUUAUAUUUUUAGCAAAUAAUA